AUGGCGGACUACCACGACCCUGGGGGCCUCAUUCUGGAUGGGCCUUUUGACCCCGACGCCCAAGCCACUGUCACUGACUACAUUGACUACACCGAAUACCUGCCCGCCGACCUCCUCCGUUCCCUCACUCUCAUCCGCGGCCUCGAUGAGCGCUACCUGGACGCUACCCAGUGCGUCCACGAGUUAACCAAAACAUAUGGCCGCCUUCCUGACCUUCCUUCCGAUCGGCGUCCCGAUGCGCGCGCCCUGCGCAAGGACAUCUCCGCCCAGCUCGAACGCGCCAUCAACGCGCGCGAGUCCGCCUACGCUGAAGCUUGUCGCCUAUACGAGGUCAUUGACCGUCACUACAGUCGCCUUGAUUGCAUCAAACGCAAGCUAGAGGCUCUCCCCAAACCCGCAUCGCGCGAACCCACACCACCCCCCGCUCCUCCUGUCCAGACACUCACAACCACCAAGCGCGGCCGAUCGAUCAAGAAGGUUGAUGACAAUGCUGCGGCUCCUGCGCCGCCGACUACGCGCAUUACCUUGCGCCUUGACAGCCGAGAAGGUAGUCGCGCAGUUGCGCAGCCCAAGUCGCGCACCCGUCGAUCGCUCAUCGCCGCCGAACAUUUGACCGACUUUAAUCCCGAUUCUCCCAUCGCCAGCACAGAACAUUCUGAUGACGAGGCGAACGCUCCGACAACGUCCUCCGAUUCUCAGCCGAAACCUGCCGCUGCUCCUCCCGUUGCUUCUGUCGACUCAUCUACUCCCACAUCCACCACUUCCCCUGUCAAAGAGAAGAAAGCCGCUCGACGUUCACGUGGGUCUGGGCUGGUGCCUGGGGUUCCAGGUACCAGUGGGCCUUCCAUAUCGAUCAGCGGUGCACUGGCCAUGCUCAAACCACCCCCUGAAGAUGCCAAGCCUGGCAGUGAGGACAUGCCGUGGUUGCGGCUGACUGAGUGGGAGAUGACCAAGCUUCGCAAGAAGAUGAAAAAGAACGCGGUGUGGCAGCCGAGUGAAGUCAUGAUCCAUCGCGAGUUGGCGCUCCGCGGUCGCGGUUGGGGGGCUUACCGAAAGGCCAAGGAAGAAGCUGAUGCGUCCGGGACUGAGUUCCUUGACUGCGACGACAUUAUGAACACGUACAUCCCUGGAAAGCUAAGCAAGCGCGGUGAAGCACCUGUUGACAUUGAGGCACCGUUUGAGACUAAGCUAAGCAAUAGAGGUAUGAAGCUGAACGAGGCUAAGAAGCUUAAGCGUGAGAACCAGGCGCGUGAGCAGGCAGCGGCAGCCGCUGCUGCAGCCGCUGCGGCCGCGGCCGCAGGUGAUCUCACAACAGCGAAAAGCCCUGAUCAGCCUACAUUAACACUCAAAGGACCUUCCGCUCCGGAAGCGUCACCGGCUGCAAGCAAACCGAGUCGUUCUACCGCAAAGAAACGCAAGGCGGACGAAGUAACUCCGCCAGAAGCGACCCCUGCAGCUCCUGCAGCUCCUGAUACUGUUACUUCUCCUGCUCCCGUUACUGUUACUUCUCCAACUCCCGUGGCGUCCCCACCCACAGCUGCUCUCAUUGCUCCGCCUGUGGCAGCGGCUGCUCCGGCAGAUUCUAUAAUCCCAGUAGCUCCGGAGGCUCAAGAAGCUCCAGAGGCCACAGAGGCUCCAGAGGCCACAGAAGCUCCAGAGGCCACAGAAGCUCCAGAGACUACAGAAGCUCCAGAGACUACAGAAGCUCUAGAGACUACAGAGGCCCCAGAAGCCGCAGAGGCUGCAGAGGCUGUAGAAGCUCCAGUGGUUCUAGAGGCUGCAAAGGCUCCAGAGACUUCUGAGGCUCCAGCUGCGCCCGCUGAAUCUACCACUCCUACCGAGGUAGAGACACGAACCUCGUUGCGCAGCGCCAGCAAACGCCGUCGGAUCAGCAAGGGAUCCUUCACUCCUGCCGAGAGCAACGCAACCAUGCCAAACCCGGCUCCACCGACCGGCCCAGAUGCUGCUGCGGCCGAAUCAGCCGAUGCGCAGAAGCAGCCAGUCUUGUCCUCCCCAGUCAGCAAUAAACGAUCCCUUCCCCCUCCAGCUUCAACUACUACUGGCAAAGCACCAGCCACUGGCACGCCCACACCCCCGGUCACUCGACCUUCGUCCCGCCGAGGUGCAGCCCUGUCAGCGGAACCGACCAGCAACGCGAACACCCUGCCAACAACCGGCCGCGAGCUCCGCCGGAAGAGCGCCACGCCUGCGCGACGCACGCCUGUUCCGGAGACGGCCCGUGCCACAAGUGUCAGCGCGCCCCAUCGCAAACGGAAGCGCCCUGCGCCCGGUCCCGUAUCGUCAGGCCAAGAUGGCGGGGCCGCAGUCAGCUACGGCCGACGCAAGGCCAAGCCUGGCAAAAAGCGCAUUAAUUUGCUUGAGGGGGACCUUCUGAACCGCGACGACAUUCGCAUUGACGAGGACGGUGUUUUGGAGGAGAUCGACCCUAACGAGCCGCGAUACUGUAUCUGCGGAGAUGUGAGUUUCGGGACCAUGAUUUGUUGUGAGAACCCGGAUUGCGACCGCGAAUGGUUCCACCUGGACUGCGUGGGGCUGUCGGAAGUGCCCAGUCGAACCGCGAAAUGGUAUUGCCCAGAUUGUCGAGUGAAGUUCAACAAGGGAGUGGAUGGGAUAGUGAAGAACAACCCUCGGCGGUGA